ACCAUGACACAGGCAAAGCACUCUCUCUGUGUCUUCUGCGGCUCAUCCGCGGGCAAGUCAGACAAGUAUGCACAUGCAGCAAAACAACUCGCCCAGGAAAUGGCAGCGCGUUCAUGGGAUCUCGUCUACGGUGGCGGCACAACAGGUCUCAUGGGCGUCAUCGCUUCUGCUUGUAAAGAACAAGGCCGUCACGUCACAGGCAUCAUUCCGCGCGCCUUGACGCAACGCGAACGCAAUGCCAACAUCGAUAGCGAGCAGUUUGGCGAGACCAUUCUCGUGCAGGACAUGCAUACACGUAAGCGUAUGAUGGCUGAACGGAGUACGGCAUUUGUGAGUAUGCCUGGUGGCCUUGGCACGCUCGAGGAGCUAUUUGAGAUUGCGACUUGGUCGCAGCUCGGCAUUCACGAGCGAGCCGUUGUCCUCUUCAACGUCGAUGGAUUCUACGACGGACUCAUCGCCUUCUUGGAUAAAGCCGUCGCUGAGGGCUUCAUUGGUGAGACACAGCGGCACAUCAUUGUUGAAGCCAAAACGGCUGCAGAGGUGUGCACGGCCGUGGCAGAGUACAUUCCACCGAGCGGCCGGCUCAACUUGGACUGGAAGACAGUCAGUGCUGGUUAUAAGGCAGAAGCAUAA